AUGUCCGACUCCAGCGAUCCCUCAACUCGGAUUCUUGAUCACAUCGUGCACCUCAGCCCGCCCGGCCGCCUUCAAGAGACCGUAGAGGCGUUCAGAGCACUCGGGUUCACAGUCAGCCCAGGCGGAACGCACGCCGACGGCCUAACAGCAAACGCCCUCGUCAUCCUCGCCGACGGCGUCUACCUCGAGCUCAUCCACUUCACCCGCCCACCCCCACCCGACAGCACGCACCCCUGGGCCGCAAAGCAGCCGGGCUGGGUCGACUUCGCACACCUCGGGAACGCGGGCACGCCCUCCAUCUCCGCGACGAUCAACGCGCGCGCGGAAGCCGAGGGGAGCGGCGUGCACUACGCGCAGGAGAUCCCUGGAGGCCGGACGCGGGAGGACGGGCGGGUGCUCAAGUGGCUCAUCUCGGGGAUCGAGGAUGCGGGUCUGCGCGGACGGCUGCCGUUCUUUUGCGGGGACUUGACUCCCAGGGCGUGGCGUGUUCCGCUCGAGCCGCGCUCUAACACCGAGCACGCGAACACCACGAUCGGCGUUGCGCACGUCAAGCAUCUGGUUGCCCCGGAAGAGCUGCCUGCGUACGCGAAUCAGCUUACUUCCGUCUUGGGCGUGUCGCCAAAGGAGUCGACCUCGACGAAGGUCGUUUGGGAACUCGAGAAACAACCAUCGCAUCGGGACGCAGCGGCCGGCGCCCCCGUGCUGAUUAUCAGUGCGCCACAGAAUGAGGAGGAGCGGGAGUAUCUCCGUGGCCGAGGUUCUGGAGUAUACGAGCUAGCGUUCGCGGUCGAGGAUCCAGAGAAGGAAGGUGUAGGAUCCACGCCGCAAGGCCGAGUUGUGUGGAAAAGUGCAGGGCGGUCGUAGUGGCAGUAUACUUCUGUGCUGUGGCUAAACAUUGAUCAAGAACGGUCGGAA